AUGGCCAAUGCGGAGGCAUUCAAGAACAAGCCCGGCUUGAAUCUCAAAGAUGCCCUGGACUUCAACUUGGAUCGUAUUUUGAAGGCCUUUAUCAACAAGGCUAAUGACCAAGGCAUUUUGUUGCGCAGUUCUGGUGUAACGAUUGAAGGUCUUUCCACGUUAGGUGUGGAUGGCUCCGCUACCUUUGCUCUCACGUUGGGGGAUUGUAUCAACUUUCCAAGAACUUUGGGUGAGCUCUACAAGACUUCCAGAUUGCCUCAUAUUCCCAUUAUCCGCAACAUCAAUGGGAUGGCCCGCGAGGGAGAGAUGGUGCUCGUGUUGGGGCGCCCCGGCGCCGGUUGCUCUACUCUUUUAAAGACAAUCGCUGGUGAAACUGACAACUACCAGGGAACCUCUGGUGAUAUCUCGUACAAUGGACUACCCCAAAGCGAAAUGAUGAAGUAUUUUCGCAGCGACGUGUUGUACAACCCUGAAUACGACGUUCACUUUCCCCACUUGAACGUUGACCAGACCUUGCGCUUUGCCAUCGGCUGCAAGACUCCAAACUUGCGGGUCAACAACGUGAGUCGCGAGGAGUACAUCACCGCCAUGCGUGACAUCUUGGCCACGGUUUUCGGCUUGAGACACACCUUCCAUACCAAGGUGGGUAACGACAUGGUCCGUGGGGUGUCUGGGGGAGAAAGAAAGCGGGUUUCUAUCGCUGAAGCUCUCGCUGCCCGGGCUUCUAUUUAUUGCUGGGACAAUGCCACCAGAGGCUUGGACGCCUCUACCGCCUUGGAGUUUACCCAGGCGAUCCGCAGCACCACCAACUUGUUGAAGAGCGUGGCGUUUAUCACUAUCUACCAAGCAGGAGAGCAGAUCUACGAGUUGUUUGACAAGGUAACCGUGCUCUACUUGGGCCGCCAGGUUUACUUCGGCCCCAUCCACGAGGCAAAACCGUACUUCGAAGCCAUGGGGUACCAAUGUCCUCGGAGACAGUCCACGGCAGAGUUUUUAACCGCCGUCACAGACCCCAUUGGCCGCUACACAAAGCCAGGCUGGGAGAACCGCGUCCCUCAGACGGCCGAAGAGUUUGAAAAGUACUGGCACAGGUCACCCCAGUACAAGGCUUUGUUGGAAGAGAUCGCUCGCUCUUCCGGUAAAGCAGACGCUGGCCCUUCCGACAAAACCCUCCAGUUGUAUCACGAUUCGUUCAAACAAGAGAGAAGCCAUAUCAAGAGGCGAAAAUCGCGCUACUCGCUCACGUACUUGGGCCAGCUCCGUCUUUUGAUUGUGCGUGGGCUUCAGAGAGCGUAUAUGGACAGAGCUUACACCAUCACCCAGGUCGCCUCAGGGGUGAUCCAAGGCCUCAUUACCGGCUCGUUGUAUUGGGGAACGCCUAACACCGUCUUUGGUGCGUUCUCAAAGGGUGGGGCCUUGUUUCAAGGAAUGUUCUUCUUUGUGUUCAUGGGGGUUUCGGAGAUGGCCACUGUUUUCGGUAAGCGGCGCAUUGUGGAGAAGCAGAAGAACUACUCAUUUUACCACCCGUCGGCUGAAUCGUUGGCCACGUUGAUUUCGACGCUUCCAACCCGGGUUUUGACCAUUACGUUGUUUACCAUCAUCUACUACUUCCUUUCUAAUUUGACCCGUAGUGCAGGCCACUUCUUUAUCUAUUACCUUUUCCUCUUGCUUUCCAGCCUCACCAUGUCCACCUUGUUUGUGACCAUAGCGGAAGCCAGCCCCAACAUUGCGGUGGCGAAUUCCGGUGCGGGAAUCACGCUCUUGUGCGUGUUGAUGUAUUCGUCCUUCAGUAUUCAGCGCACGUAUAUGCACCCGUGGUUCAAAUGGAUCUCCUACAUCAACCCGAUUUUCUACAGCUUUGAGGCGAUGAUGGGAAACGAGUUUCACAAUUUGCAGUUGAACUGUACGCUGAUGAUGGUUCCCCAGCAAUCACUAUAUACCGCGUAUGGAGACGAGUACAAGACCUGUCCGUUUACGGCUUCGGUUCCGGGACAGCCCUGGGUUGAUGGGGAUGCUUACUUGCGCAUCAGUUUUGACUACUUCCAUUCGCACAUCUGGCGGAACUUUGGGAUUAUGAUUGGGUUUUGGGUGUUUUUCAUCUUCCUCCAGGCGAUGGCCUCUGAAUACCGUAAACCCACGGCUGCCAACGGUGACAAGCUCUUGUUCAAGAGGGGAGGUGAGGCCACGGAAUUGCUUAACCGCCUUAACACAGGGGCAAGGGAUGACCCGGAGGGGAGGACAGCAGAUGCUAUCCAUACUUUGUUACCAGAAAGUGAUGUGGACAGCCAAGCGUCAUCGGGGGUUAAAAACCAAAAGGCUUUCCAAAGCUUGAGCGGGGAUGAUAUCUUUAGCUGGAGCCAUGUUGACUACACUAUCGACAUCCAAGGGGAGAAGCGGAAGUUGUUAGAUGAUAUCCAAGGGUUCGUCAAACCAGGGACCUUAACGGCGUUGAUGGGGGAGUCGGGCGCUGGCAAGACCACUUUGUUGAACGUCUUGUCCCAGAGAACGGAUAUCGGUGUGGUCACUGGGAACAUGUUGGUGAAUGGUUCGCAACUAACCCACUCCUUCCACCGCAGCACUGGAUACGUCCAGCAGCAGGAUUUACACGUCGCAGAGCUCACCGUUAGGGAGUCACUUCGGUUCUCCGCCCGACUUCGCCGUCCAGCCUCUGUGCCCGACCUGGAAAAGUUGGAUUACGUUGAAACCAUCAUUGACAUUUUGGGGAUGCAGGCGUACGCCGAGGCGGUGGUGGGGGUCAUCGGCAACGGUCUUAAUGUGGAGCAGCGGAAGAAGCUUUCGGUGGGCGUUGAAUUAGUGGCAAAGCCAUCACUUUUGCUUUUCUUGGACGAACCAACCUCGGGAUUGGACUCCCAAUCGGCCUGGUCCAUCGUAAAGUUGAUCCGGAACUUGGCGCAUGCUGGCCAAGCCAUCCUUUGCACCAUCCACCAACCGUCUGCCACGUUGUUUGAAGAGUUUGACAAGCUUUUGCUCUUGAGAAAGGGCGGACAAACGGUUUAUUUUGGCGAUAUCGGCUUGCACUCCGAAACCAUCUUGGGCUACUUUCAGCGCAACGGUGCGAGAAGAUGCGAGGAUUAUGAGAACCCCGCUGAGUACGUGCUUGAGAUUAUCGGUGCCGGAGCCACUGCUACAUCCACCGAAGAUUGGUUUACAAAGUGGGUAAAUUCCACCGAAUACCUCGAGGUGACCAAAGAGGUUAAUCGUUUGGAAGGGGUUCGAUCCAUCCCCCUGCUCGAUGUCCACGGGGAUUCCACCUUUGCCAUGCCUUUGUGGUACCAGAUGAAGUUGGUGUACCACAGAACGAUGCUUCAGUUUUGGAGAGACCCUCAGUAUGUGAUGUUCAAGAUGGUGCUAUUAGUGUUCUCGGGUCUCUUUAUUGGAUUCAGUUUCUGGGAUCUUCCCUCGACCCUGACGGGUAUGCAAAACUGCAUGUUUGCGGUGUAUUUGUCGUCUAUGCUUUGCGUGCCGUUGAUUAACCAGAUCCAGGAAAGGGCUUUUGUGAACCGUGAACUAUACGAGGUGAGGGAAUCCAAGUCACAUACCUUCCAUUGGGCUACGUUGUUGUUUUCCCAGAUCUUUGUGGAGCUUCCAUACACCGUGUUGGGGAGUACUUUCUUCUACCUCUGUCUCUACUUUCCCUUGAAGUUGGCCCCCAGCAACCUCGUGGCGGGAACCUACUACCUCAUUUAUUGUAUUUGCUUCCAGUUGUACUAUAUCUCAUACGGGUUCCUCAUCUUGACCUUAUCCCCCGACGUCCCGUCUGCGGCCAUCUUGACAACGUUGGGCUUUGCGCUCAUCUUGACCUUCUGUGGGGUGUUGCAGCCGGCGUUUUUGAUGCCGGUCUUCUGGAGACGUUUCAUGUACCAUGUCAGUCCUUAUACAUAUUUGGUAUCAUCCUUGGUUUCUAAUGUGUUGCACGAUCGACCAGUGGUUUGUUCUAAAGUGGAGAUGAGCUACCUCAAUCCACCCGCGGGAUUGACCUGCAGCCAGUACCUAGCCCCAUUUGUCCAGGCAUCGCAGGGAUAUAUUUCCAAUCCCAACGCAACCGAGAGCUGUGGCUUCUGCAAGUACAAGGUGGGUGAUGAGUACUUGUCGUUCUUAGGCAUGAAGCAUAGUGAACUAUGGAGAAACGUUGGACUCUUGUGGGGCUAUAUUGCCUUUAACUUUUUUGCAUGUGUGUUUUUGUACUGGCUUUUGCGUGUCCACAAGGUUUCCCUCCCAAAGUUUGCGCGCAAAGCAUAA